AUGACUUCUGCGGAGACCACCAGCACAAUUCCGACGAUUGAUCUCUCUGCAAUCGUACAGAGUGAAGACCCAGCGGUUCGCAAGGCCAAAGCAAUUGAAUUCGUGGAAGCCGUGCAUGUCCAUGGCGCCUGUGGCAUCGUUGGCCAUGGCAUAUCCGUCGAGCGUCUGCGAGAGGCCUUCAAGUGGUCGGAGAAGUUCUUCAAUUUGCCCACCGACGUGAAGAACAAGGCGCCACAUCCAAAGGGUAUGGUGCCCCAUCGUGGAUACUCUGGCUUCAACACCGAGAAGUGUUUGAUCUACACGGAAGAGGAGCUUGCUUCCAUGAGCGGCGAGCUAAGCAAAGAUUCCGGCAAAGCCCUUGACUUCAAGGAGCACUACGACAUCGGCAGUGAGGAGGAGAAGGUCCAUUACAACCUCUGGAUCCCGGAUGAAGAUCUUCCAGGGUUUCGCAAUUUCAUGCUCGACUUCUUUUGGGAGUUCGAGUCACUGAGCAAGCUGGUCCUGGACGCCCUGCUCGAGGGUUUGGAAAUCGACAAGGCCGCGACAGACUACUACCGUAGCAUCCACACAGGGCAUCAGAACGGCAUUCGUCCAAUCCACUACCCUCCGAUCAACGAGUCGAUGAUUGACAGAGAGUCUCUGACUUGGUGCCCAACACAUACAGACUUCACGUCUUUCACGCUGCUUGCCCAGGAUCUGGCAAGUGGUCUGGAAAUCGAAGACCGGAAAAACCCAGGAACCUUCUUCAAAGCGACGACUGACAUCGAAGAUCGGUUGUACUUGACUAUUGGCGACCACAUGGACACUUGGACCAAUGGCUAUCUUCCAGGUUCAAAGCACCGAGUGGUCAUUCCUCCGCCAAAGGAUGGCUCCAAGGUGACACCGAAGAGAUUCUCCAUGCCGUACUUUGUGACGGCUCGGCAUGAUGGUGUUCUGGAGCCGCAGCAUACGGGCAAGGCUGCCGAGAUGCCGGAAGGGAAGUAUAAGAAGAUGACGGUUGCCGAGCAUAUCGAAUUUCGGAUGAAGUACCAGUACACUGAUAUUGGUGAUGAGGAAGCGUCGUCAUAG